CCCUUGGCAGACGCGCAGUCGUAUGGAUCCGGAGAGAUCUGCCGCCUGCUCAAGGAGAAGGGCGGCAUGCUCUGUGAGAGUGCGCGCAUGUGCAAUGCAGGGGCGAGCUCGUUCAACCAGCACGACUACGAGAUCGAUGGCAGUGAGAUCGACCUGGGCACAUCCAAGGUCAUAGGCGAGGGGUCGUUUGGGGAGGUGCGGUUGGCGAGUUGGAGGGGCACGCCCAUUGCUGUCAAGGUGCUGAGAGAUGAAUAUGCUGCCGACCCUGCUGCCCUCAACGAGUUCAGACAAGAGCUGCGAAUCCUGCAGUCGCUGCGCCACCCCAACAUCGUGCAGUUCCUGGGAGCCGUCACCAAGUCCCGCCCAUGCAUGAUCGUCACAGAGUAUCUCAAGGUGAAUCUGAGGGACGUCAUUCGCAAGAAGGGCGCGCUGCCGGCGCACGAAGCAAUGCGCUACGCCCUUGACGUUGCCAGGGGCAUGUGCUAUCUGCAUGCGCACCGGCCAGACCCUGUAAUUCACCGCGACUUGACCCCCAGGUAUUAUAUUGGUGGAAGUGAGGAGCAAGGGGGGAAAGGAGGGGGGCAGAGGGGAGGGGUUGUGACAACCUCUUGUGCGAUGACUCAGGGCAUCUCAAGGUGGCGGAUUUCAGUCUCUCCUUGGCCUCCCUUCCCCCUAUUCCUCCCGUUUCCUUGUCUCUUUCCUCCUUUCCCCAUCUCCCUUUUCUCCUUCCCCCAUCUCCCUUUCCUCCUUUCCCCACACACGAGAAGCAACCUCUUGCGGGACGACUCAGGCCAUCUAAAGGUGGCGGAUUUUGGCCUGGCAAGCAUACGAGCCACUGCUGCGGCCCCACCCAAUUCCUCCAUGGGCACAGGGAUGGGCCUGGGGAUGGGGAUGGGGAUGGGCCUAGGCAUGGGGAUGGGGGGCACCAACAUUGUCUCACUCUUCCAGCCCAACUUCUCUCGCCGACUCACCUUUUCCAAGCACAGCCAUCGCCUCUAUUCUGCACCCGAGUUGUUGGCACAGCAGGAGUAUGACAAGAGUGUGGAUGUGUACUCGUUUGGAGUCAUUCUAUGUUUGAAGGAUAUGACCGGAUUCGCCAGUUGCUACCCGGUGGGACCAACCACGGGGGAAAUCUUUUCCCGCUGGCACUUAGCGGCAGCGGCCACAGCUACGGGGAUGGGGGAGCAGAGGGGGGGGCAGGGGGAAGCCACCACAGCGGAGGGGGGAGUUACCAUGGAGGGGGGAGCUUGA